AUGCCUUCCAAGUCACGGGGCUUGAGAACCUCUACGGGCUGCCUGACGUGUCGGAAGCGCCGGGUAAAGUGCGACGAAGGUCGACCAGACUGCCAAAACUGCAAGAGAGUCAAUCGCGAGUGUAUCUAUGCUGAGAAACCCUCUGCACCUCGGCGACCACGCGCCUUGAGUGCUCGCAGGCCGGAAGAUGAACCAAAUGCCACUGACUCAGUGCAACCAACCAGCGAGGCUGGGGCAAGUGCUUCGAUAACAAGAAAUGGACUAAACCCAGCGCCUGUGGGCCACGUCCCAUCGUGGAUACCAUUUCCCCCAGAUCACGCAGUACUUCCCGGUAAUAUCAUUCCUGACGAUGGGUUCGUUCUUGACGAUAGACUUUUUACUUUUGGGGAUAGUCUGACACCUAAUUUCGGUCCUGUUGAAUGGUACGACUUGCUCGCAGAAGACGCAAUUAGCAGCAUGCAAGGGCAACCUCAGAACAAUCGCCGGGACUUUGACAUCACCACUUUAUCGAGAAGACAGUCUCCCCGCCAAUCUGUUGCUUUGGAAGCGGGUGAUGGCCUUUUCAGUCCCGUCAAUGUCCAGUCAGUGGCUAUCCCGACCCAGCCAUGGAAUACCGAGACAACAAUCGAGCUCAAGCAGGAAGAAAUAAUCUACUUCGAACACUAUGUGGCCGUCGUAGCGCCUAUAUUGGAUCUAUUCGACCCCGACAAACACUUCGCUAACGUGGUACCGCAUCUUGCCUUGCGCAAUGUAGGAUUACUCAAGUCAAUCUUGGCCGUUGGUGCAUGUCACAUGGCACUCUUCCAAGACCAGAAAAUUGGCAAUGAAGCGCCAGCACACGUGCAGCCCGGUACGCCUGCAUCUGGUUCCGGUGCCCACACAGCUACACGAAAGGUUGCUGAGCAGUUCCACUACGAAACGCUGCAUUAUUUGUCGAAAAACUUGAUUUAUCAGUCAUAUACGGGUUCCUAUGAGAUUUUGACGACUGCCAUUAUGAUCUCCAUGUACGAGAUGUUUGGAACAGUCGGAAAUCCCGACCACAGCAACUGGGACCGUCAUCUAAGGGGAGCUUUUUGGAUCCAGCGUAACUCGAGAACAAGUGGAGAAUCUAAAAAUGGAUUACAGCGUGCAGUGUGGUGGGCAUGGCUACGACAAGAUAUAUGGGCGGCCUUCUGGACCGGGAGACCGGCACUGACUAUACACCAACCAAAGACUCCAAUGGCAGAGCUUUCGUCUGAAGGACUAGCCACACGCGUCGUAUACAUUGCUGCAAAAUGCGUGCAGUUUGCUGCAACACCGAAACAGGGUGACAUUGCUGGAUAUAUUGAAGCAGGGGAAACUCUUUUGCGAAUGCUUGAUGCAUGGAAGGAGCUUCUUCCAGCGUCAUUUGACCCCAUCCCUAUCGCUUCUGCGCCUCAAGGGACUUCACCAUCCUCCCCAUUGGUUCCAAGUAAUAUCAAACCCAUUUGGAUUCACCCGCCUGCAUAUGCCGCUGCUAUUCAAACCUACCAUUUUGCGAGAAUAAUUGUCCUGCUCAACCAACCUUCUACAGGUGGUCUCAACGCAUACCAGACUCGCUUCAAACUGCUUCAUGAGAGUACAUCAACCAUAUGCGGCAUUGCUAUAGCUGAACAAUCACAAAAUCUCCCCUCGGCCUUCGUAAGCUUCCAAGCUAUAUAUGCAGCCGCACUCUGUGCUGAGACGAAAGAAAAGCAAGAGGAAAUCCUCCAAAUACUCAGGCCGGUCUUGAGCUUCAGCAAGUUUCCUUCCAUGUCCAUAUUAGACGAUCUGACCAAUGUCUGGAAUGGUGGCGAGAGCGGAUAA